AUGGUCAAGAUCAACGCCGCCGUCUCCCUCCUGGCCAUGGGCUCGGGCGCCUUGGCCUUCGGCUACGGACAACAGCCUCAUCGCUACCCCGUUGAGGAAUUCGUCACCUGUUCCACCAAGCUGGGCCCCCAGCUCAACCGCCACGUCCAGACGCACUGGAACUACAAGACGAGGACCGUCACCUUCACCGAGAAGUACACGACGACGCCUCACCCGACCGUGACGCCGACCAAGACCAAGACCAAGACCAUCACCAGCGUCGUCCACACGACCACUACGGAGCCUACUUCCACUGACAUUGCCACCAUCACCUCCACAAGCACCUCAUACACCACCACAACAAACAUUGUCACCGAAACAGACACCGAAACAGACACAACCACCGUGACAACAACCCCCACAACCACCAUCGCCGCCCCGGCCGACUUCACCCCCAUCGCCCAGGAGCCCGGCUUCGUCCCCCGCAUCAAGGGCCGCUCCGUCGACGCCGCCAGCAGCAGCAACAGCCUCUUUGAGCGCAGCAAGGACACCCUCCAGUGCAAGGGCGGCCCCCACGGUCCCGUCUUCUGGCCCCCUCUGCACCCGCAGUCCGUGUCCUGCACCAAGUUCAUCGAGCCCAUCGUCGUCAAGCGCGUCACGUACACCGCCAGGCCUCACACAAGGACCGCCCGGCCCAAGACCAAGACCGUCACCACGACGCUUCAGCAGACGCAGACCGAGACCGUCUACCCUUGCGACAUCACCAGCACGGUGACCGCAACCACCACCACCGUCCUCACCUCCGCAACCGAUUCCACCACCACAACCACCACCACUUCCACCACCACCGAAUCCGUCGUCGCCCCCCAGCAGACCUUCCAAGCCGUCUGCGGCCCCGACAACCUCGUGUCCAAGGCCAACGGCGGCCAGGGCGUCGCCAGCGUCAGCACCAGCCAGCCCGGCACCUUCAUCCCCGUCAGCGGCACCCUCAGCCCCUACGACUGCUGCGUCUCCUGCUUCAACACCAACGCCUGCAGGGGGUCCAUCUCCUUCGCCAGCGGCACGUGCUUCCUCGUCGUCGGCACCGACGGCGUCUGUCAUGCGAACCAGUUCACUGCCUCGGACCGGUUCAACACGCAGCAGGGCGCUUCGGGGACGACUGUUAGCAAUGGCCCCUGUGGACUGUUGACCAACGCGGGCAGUGCCAACUGA